AUGGCCCUUCGUCUUCGAGGUGCUCUCCUGCUGGCAGUCGCUGCGGCGCUGGCCCUGGUGAACUGCACUAGCUUCGUCAACACCGGCAUUCAAGGCCGCCUCGAAAGGGACGUCGCGCUGAGAGCGGAGGCGAAGAAGGCUCCAAAGAAGAAGGCCAAGGGCCCAUGGGUCGGACCCAAGAAGGGUUCCUGGGUGAAGAUCCUGCGCCCCGAGUCCUACUGGUUCCAGACGCGAGGACAGGUGGUGAACGUCAACCAGAAGCCGGAGGUCAAGUAUCCAGUCACCGUCAAGUUCGACCGGGUCAACUACGCAAACGUGAACACCAACGGAUUCGCGCUGUGGGAGGUGAUCGAGGCGCCUGCCCCGGGUCCAGGUGAGGUCUGA